AGGAUGUUUUUCGGAUUCAACGUGUUUGAUCCAAGCCACUCUCCCGCGGUCAACGCGCACCAGGAGUCAUACAACUCCGGCUUCACGUCCAGCGCUCUGGGUCAGAAGAAGUCCAAGUGGGGCGCUGCUAGUGGCAGCAAGAGCCUGGCUCAGUCCAUGAGGGUGUUCGACGAGUCCUUCAAGGGAGCUUACUAGGGGGUAUUGUUUCGAUUCCUCUUCUCGAGGAUCUCUUCACGUGGCUGCUCUGAGGCGGUUUUCCCGCGCUUGUUGCGUUUCAAGUGUUGACAUGCAAUAAAGUUUGCUAACUGC